AGUUGGAAAGUGCAGCUCCCAACUCCAGUUUAUGACGUAACCGACGCCAUUUUAUGUUUAUACAAUAUACUGUUUCUUCUGACCGAUUGAGGUUCCUGAUGUUCAUCCCGAAGCAUUUGCCAAUAUGCUAAGCUAUCUGUAUACCUACCGCGUUGAUCUCAACCGCGAGACGGUCUUCCCUACGCUGUACUGCGCCGACAGAUACGAUGUGCCAGGGCUCGUCGAUGCCUGCUUUCAGUUUGCCAUCUGCGCUCUUGAAGCGCGCACCUGCUUAAUGCAUUUGGGCUUGGCAGUUGAAUGGCAAGCUGCAGUCUUCGUGGAACCCUGCUUAAAAGUGAUAGAUGUUCAUGCCGAAACUGUUUUACUCCGAAUAUUUCAAGACACUGGACAAGCGAACACUGGAGCUGAUUCUGCCGCGCUGCACAUUGCAGGCAAGGAGAACAGCAUUUACGAGGCAGUCGCAGCAUGGGCUGAAGCAGCCUGCAUCCGCAAUAACGCGGAGCCGACUGCUGCCAACCGGCGGCUUAUGCUAGGCGAACUGUUGUUCCUUGUGCGAUUCCCGUUGAUGAGCGAGCAGGAACUGCAGGAUGGACCCGUUGCGGUGAGGUUGAGCAAUUAG